AUGGUCAGAUUUGUCCAAUUGUAUCAUCCCCUCCCUGAUCACGCGAGAUGGAGACAUGCAGAACAAUAUUCCCGCGAUCUUCUUCAAACUACAGAGGAAGUUGAUGAGUCCAGUAGUACUACUCCUCAUCAUGUCUUUAUAUGUCGAAGAACUCAUCCUAGUCACUGCCUGGGCAUUUUCCACGGAGAAAACCCUUUGAACUGCUCCUUUAACAUCAUCUUAUUUGAUCUUGUUUUGAUGAUUUUGAUUACUACCAUGCUCCGUCUUCUUCUCAAGCCUUUAAAACAGCCAAGGAUCGUCUCAGAGAUUAUUGCUGCCAUAUUCGUUGGACCCUCUGUUCUAGGCCAGAGCAAGAAGUUAACCGAGCAGGUGUUACCAGAUAAUGCCCAGUUUGUGGUGGCGAAUCUUGGAGCUAUUGGUUUUGCAUAUUUCCUUUUUGUGACUUCAGUGGAAACGGAUUUCAGUGUACUUAGAAAAGUAGGGAAGAAACACGUCUACAGUGCUGUGAUAGGAGUCUUUUUUCCAAUUACAACAGUGUGUAUAGUUGCACACUGUUUUAAAUCAUCAAUUCAUGGGAACCUUGCAAAACCUGUUGGGAUUGGAAGCGUUGCUUCAAGUGUGUCAGUAACUGUAUUUCCUGUGAUUUAUCUUAUACUUAAAGAGUUACGACUACUAAGUUCCGAGGUUGGACGGAUGGCAAUGGCCACAGCAAUGGUAAGUGAUGUGAUGGGGAUUAUUCUUGUUUUUGCAUUUGUAGCAGUGAAACAUGGUCAACAUAGUGGUGCCGAUGCUUUGUGGUUUAUGAUUUCUGUGAUAGUUCUAAUGGCCUUUGCGAUUAUUGUGAUUCGGAGCGUACUGCUCUGGAUUGUUGAAAAAACCCCCGAAGGGAAACCUGUAGACCGGUCAUAUGUGGUUCUCAUUUUGUUGGGGGUAUUGGUGAUGACAUUUUUUAGCGACAUGUUUGGUCUGGUCUUUCUUCAUGCAUCGUUGCUGCUGGGGAUUGUGAUGCCUGAUGGGCCUCCGCUAGGGGCAACCAUGGUGCAAAGGAGCCGAACAAUAGUAAUGGAGCUUCUUAUGCCAUUUACAUUUGCAAUCUUGGGAUUGAAUGUGGAUGUCUUUGCCAUGGCCAAUUAUGGCUGGUCGAAUUUGGAACCGCUAUUUGCCAUGGUUAUUGCAGGGUAUCUCUCCAAAUUGAUUGCAACUUCCGCUGUUGCUCUCUUCUUUGGAGUUCCAUUCAAAGAGAGUUUCACUCUCGGUCUCAUGAUGAACUUGAGAGGUUUAUACGAGGUUACAAUAUUUUUGAAAUGGCUGGACGAAGGGAUUUUGGAGACCCCUACCUACACAUUGAUGCUGCUAUUAACAACAUUGAUGACUGGCACAUGUUCAGCUUUGAUUUGCUUCAUCUACGAUCCCACAAAGCAAUACAUGACAAACAAAAGAAGAACCAUACAACACACCCCUCCAGGAACAGAGCUCAGCAUAUUAGUUGGCAUCCACGAUGAAGAAUGUGUAGCAGGGCUCAUUAACCUCCUCGAGACCUCACAUCCAACUAUGACCAGCCCUUUUGCAGUCUAUGCCAUCCAUCUAUUUGAGCUUGUAGGCCGUGCGUUUCCCGUGUUCAUAGACCAUGAUAAACCAGAACGACCACCCAAGUAUAUAAACUACAAAAAAAUUCACAAUGCCCUAAAGCUCUAUCAAAAACCAAGAAGUGAAUAUGUCAAGCUACGUUCCUACACUGUUGCGACAGUGAAGCGAACUAUGCACCAAGACAUUUGCGAUUUGGCUUUGACAUAUAAAGCUACUCUAAUCCUCUUACCUUUCUGCAAUAAAAGACUUGAUAACCUUGCAGGAAGUGAAAUUGUCAGGCAUGUUUAUGGAAUGCAAUCUAUAAACUCUAGAGUCCUAGCCAAUUCACCUUGCUCAAUUGGAAUUCUUGUCGACAAGGGUUACACUCAUAACCCUAUUGCCAUGCAAUAUUACCAUCAGCUCUUCUUUCGCAGAUGUGUUGUUCUAUUUUUGGGAGGAGCGGAUUCUCGAGAGGCACUUGCCUACGCGGACAGGAUGGCUACUAAUCCUGAAGUUUCUCUCACGGCGAUAAGGUUCCUCUCAUACAAUAAUAUUGGAGAUGAUGAGAUGGAGAAGAAGCUUGAUGACGGGGUGGUGACAUGGUUUUGGGUGAAGAAUGAAGGGAAUAGCAGAGUGGCUUAUAGAGAGGUGGUGGUGAGAAAUGGAGAAGAAACUCUAGCAGCAAUCCAGGCAUUGGACAACGAUACUAAUGAACUUUGGAUAGUGGGAAGGAAGCAAGGAAUAAACCAGGUGCUCCUUGAGGGAUUGUCAAAGUUGAGUGAAAAUCCUGAAUUGGGAGUGAUUGGAGAUUAUGUUGCAUCCACUGAUUUUGGUAGCACAGCUUCUGUGUUAGUAGUACAUCAGCAAAUUAUGAGAGGAUGAGGGCUGGCUACUGCUGACGUGUUAUCAGAGAUAGCUUUGGUGGUAGGUUUUCUGAACAUCCCUGUGUAAAGACUAAUUGAAUUUUAUUGUUAUUUUUUUAAAAUACUGGGAAUUAUAUCUUUACCCGAUUUGUUGAUCAAGUAAAUAUCAAAUGCGAUUCAACUGGAA